ACAGCCCUGUUUCAUGUGUCACAUCAAAAUUGUUUCAUAGCAUUUUCUCUCACAACUUUCUUGAACAGUCGUACAGCAAACGAAAACAAAAAACUCAAUUAGAAUUUAAUUGGAAUAAAAUUACAAACCUCUUCAAUCAAAAAUGAUGCGCUCUUGGCCACCCGAUGCGCGUGUGCUCGAGGAACGUGCCAAAAGGGAGGUACAAGCCAACAUAUUUUUAUUCGCUGUGACCUGUGCCCUGAUCCGCUUUGUGCCCAAAAUUAUGCGCAAGUUCUUCUAAGCAGUUCUUCCACUGGAUGCGGCCGCUGAAGGCACAACAAAUACAAAUACAAAUUCAAAAUCAACACUGACACUGACACAAAAUGCCCAUCAACAGAGUUUCACAAUGGGAGAUCGAGACACAAUAAUAAUUAUAAUAAAAAUAUAAUAA